UCGCCCGAACGGAGGGGGUGGAAAUAAUAAAACGUUAGGCGUGUCGGCGUCAGUUUUUUACCCCUGUUGCGACGAUAGUGUUGCGGUCUUUGGCCACCGUCGUUACUCGGUGCGAUCAGUUUUCACGGAUCUCUCGCGGAAUGUCAAGGGCGCACGUGCUUGCGACGCGACAACGCGACAGUACUUCCGUGAAAUCGCGACGAUAAUAUAUAUUCUGACGGAUAACUCUCAAGUGACGAACACGUUGUUUUACGUUGCGUCGCAUACAUGUGUCUGCCGUUUGUUCAAGCUGAAAGGAGGGUAUGCUCUUAUGGGGUAGCGAGUGGACGGUAGCCUUUGCUGGGGAAUGGAGACGGAGAGCGUAAAGUCUGGGGCUAGUGAGCAUAGCCAUAGCCACCAUAGCAGAAGCUCCCAGAAGCAUCAUCGGUCCCACAGCUCGAAACAGCAUCACAGGCAGCACUCUCAUCGCACCGCUAGGAGCAAUCGUAGUCAGAGGAAAGAAAGGCAAAACUUAGAUGGUAGCGAAAUGGCUCCGUUUCAAACAACUGUGAAUGUAAGAGGAGACAGUGUGGAUAAUUUAGGCCAAGAAGUGAUUGAAGUACAGAUAUUACCACAGGAUGAAAAUUGGGGUGAGAAUACCACAGCUGUAACUGGUAAUACCUCGGACAGGUCAGAAUCGACCGAGGAUGUGAGCCAUUGGCCGAAUGAAAAUGAUGGUACAUUUGGCUCCAGUUGUAAUCGCUAUGUCGGCCCGAUUGUAGCAAUGAUACUUGGAAUAAGCGCCUUUCUUAGUCCUAUAGCCAUGGUUAUCUUGCCUAAGCUGGGAUUCUUUCCCGAUCCGAUAACGGUACUGACGAUGCAACAGAGGUUGCAGUUAUUGUCAUGUAAUGCAGAAUGCAAAGGUCAAUUGCUAGGAUUAGCGUUCAAACUAGUGCUACUAGGCAUCGGUAGCUGGGCAGUGUUUCUGCGUCCGAGAGCAGCCACCAUGCCGCGUAUAUUUUUAUUCAGAACAGGAGUGCUGUUGCUCACUACACUGUGCAUUUGUACUUAUUGGCUUUUUUAUGUUGUACAGGUCACCGAGAGUGCUAAGACUGCUGCCAAUGGCGAAGUAACAGAGUACAAAAGUUUAGUAAAUUAUGCGGGUACCCUUGCUGAUACGCUACUGUUUAUACACUAUGUUGCUGUGCUGCUCAUUGAAGUUCGUCAUUUACAACCUACAUUCUAUCUUAAGGUGGUCAGAUCACCGGACGGUGAGUCGAGAUCUUAUGCAAUCGGUCAGUUAUCGAUACAGAGAGCAGCUGUGUGGGUAUUGGAGAGAUAUUAUACUGAGUUUCCGAUUUAUAAUCCGUAUUUGGAGAGAUUACCAGUCUCGAAGUCCGGCAGAAAACAGUCGAGCUUCAAGUUCUACGAGGUCGACGGUGGAGUGACUGGCGCCAUGCAGCCGCGCGGUUGUAGCGGCGACAGGGCUGUGCUAGCAGCUCAAGCACGUCGUCGAGACUCCAGUCACAAUGAGCGCUUCUACGAGGAACAUGAUUACGAGCGACGAGUGCGGAAACGCCGGGCGAGGUUAAUCACUGCCGCUGAAGAGGCCUUCGCGCACAUUAAACGCUUGCACUCCGAGGUAGAGUCCACUCCGAACCCCGGGCCGAUGGAUCCCAUGGAAGCUGCGCAAGCUGUGUUCCCCUCAAUGGCGAGAGCUCUGCAGAAGUACUUGCGAGUCACUCGCCAACAACCACGUCACUCCGUGGAAUCCAUUCUAAAUCGUCUUGCUCGUUGUUUAGCCCAGGAUGCAGCGCCGCGUGCCUUCUUAGAGCCAUUUUUCAACACAAGUCCGGUGCUGUCGAAUGAGAAAGAGAGACAAAAGCGGUCGCAUCAUUGGGCCUUAGUGUGUGAAGGAGAGCUACCCUCGCGCCAGAUCGCUAAUGGUUGUGAAUUUCAGUUAAGACAGGGCGAGGUAGCGCUUCUGUGUACAGCGCAUAGAUUACCGCACUUUAAUCUUACUGAACAAUUGGCGCAUCCCAAAUCAAACAAGUUUCUACUGCGACUAAACUCGGAAACCUCGGUCUGAACUUUCUUUUAUUUACUGGAACAUAGACUAUUAUACAUUAGACAGUAUAAUAGCCUUUUUCUUGACAAAAAUAGACUGAAAGAAUUACAGUUGAAUGAUAGUUUAUUCAUGAACUACAAUUUUAAUGAUAACUCGACAAUGUGUCUAACAUUGAUGUUAUUCAGUUUCUUUUAAAAAGAACAUUAACAAUAAUCUAAACACAUCUUGGAUCAAUUAUUAUGAAUUAAUAAUUAAUUUGUAUCUCAAUGCGAAAUACUCCGUUCUUAUAUCUUUAUAAGGCAUAUAUAUAUAUAUAUAUAUAUAUACACACACACACACAUAUUUAUUUAUUCCAUUAUACUGCAUAUCAUGAAACAUAUUGAAUGAAACGUUUAAUUUAACUAUCGCAAAUAUCUCAAAAAAGCAUUGUGUGGAAAACUCUGUAAUAAGAUGUUUCAUAAACGAGGGAGUUUUUAACGAAAAAAAAUUUAACCAUCCAUAUUACAUUACUUCUUGAAAUUAGUUAUAAGAGUGUGCAAUAAAAUGUGCAAUAUAAAAAAAGGGAUUUAUUAAGAAAAAAUUAAGGUGAUGUGAUGAUAGCGCAUCAACUUCAGAUUAAACUAAUAUUUGUAUGUUAUGAUUGCUUUCAUGCCUCUAAAACUUUUGAGACAAUUUUUCAUGCAAAGCAUUUCAUUGGAGAUAUUUACGACCGUCAUAUUAAAUGCUUUAGAACUCAUACACGAAUGUGUGUAUAUAUACACACUUUAAAUAUAUUUGAAUAGAUACAGAAAAGUUUCAAAUGUAUAUAUGCACAUAUAUUUUUUUUCUUAUUUUUUUUUUUUAAGACAAAAUAUCUCUAGAUUAAAAAGCGCAAAUAAUAUUCUUACUGAUAUAUUUACAUUAAUUAAUAUGUAUUUCUGUAUUCAUAGAUUAUACAGGGUGUCCCAAACUAAUCUCGGUUCUUGUGGUGUCCAAGUAGAAUUGGUGAAACUGCUGAGCAGAAAAGCCAUUUUGCAAAAUUCACAAUAGUGAGAAAUUAAUUAUUUUGUCUGAACUAAUAAGCGCACAGGAAGGGGUAGUUUAGACGCUGUAUAAAAAAAUGACUUCUGAAAAUCUCCUAGUAACAAUAAGUAUCAAUUGAUAGCGAGAGGCGUGUUUCUUUUCGACGCACAAUCGAAAUGUGUCACAUGCCACAUUACUCCGCCUUUAGAAAUCGGUUGAUGCUCAUCGUUGCUGGGAGAUCUUCAGAAAUAAGCCAUUUCUUUCUUUAUACAAUGUCUGGUCCUACCUUUUCCCGUGCGUUCAUUAGCUCUGACAAAAUAAUUAAUUCCUCACUAACUAUUGCAAAUUUUGCAAAAUGGUAUAUGACUUUUCUGAUCGGUUUCACCCGUUCUACUUGCACACAACGGGAACCAAGAUUAGUUUCGGAUAUUCUGUAUUUAUAGUGUGGUACAUGGCAGAAUAUGCUUCAAGCGUAUAAAUUUCUACGUAUGUGUUCAUAUACAGAGUGUCUCAGAGCUGAAUAUCCCCGCUUUGUAGAGGUGUAGAGCUCAUUGAGUUGAACAAAAAAAGUCCUAUACCAUUUUAUGACAAAAUCAAUAAAAACUGACAUCAGUAUAUUGAACUUUGACCUUUGAACUUGUUGUUAGGUACAAUAGUUGUCAUUCGGAACCAAAAAGUCUUGUGUUCCAAUUUUGCAAAUAACACGCAAAUUGUUGAGGUAUCAUUUAAAGAAGCCUCUAUACGUAGCCAUUUUCAAUCAUUGAUAACUCGAAAUUUUAUGUGGCACCCUGUAUAUAUGCACAUGUAUAGCAACAUAUGCACAAAAACGCAAUUCAUAAAUUUUUCAUUUUUUUAAAAAAAGAUAUAGAACUUGUUAUUCCAUGUUCUAUAAUGUAGUAACGCACAAUGAAUAUACAUCAGUUAUGGUUUUAAUUCUGAUGUUAUAUUUUAACAUUUUUAUAUUCUUUUAUAUUUUAUUUUUAUAUUUUUUUACUUUAAUACAUGAUCUACUAGAUAUACGCGUAUGAUCCAACAGCUGAUAGACGAUAAGAACUUUUGAUAUGUGUAUACUUUUCCAUUAAGUAAAUUUGUUUUAAAUUUACAUUCGUAUUAUUAUUAUAUCAAGUAUUUUUGCGUUGUGAUUAAAUGAAAAUGAAAUUAUUGAUAAAUUGUAUAUCCUUAUUAUGUAUGUUCAAAUUAUGUUCUUUUGUUUUCUCUUAAAUGCUAACUCGAACAGUAAUAGAAGCAGCAUUUAACAUGAAACUUUAGUAAAUGAAAUCAGUUCUUGCACAUUAGUUAAUUUCUUCUUAUCAAACUAUUAUUAUAAAAGUCUUUCUCUGUAACUUGCAAUUUUCAUAAUCGUUUAACGCAGUCGUUUAUAAUUGAACUAAAAAAUAUAAAACUAGAAAAAUUAUGGAAGUAAUUUCAAACAUAACGUGAUCAAUUGAGUCGAAUUAUGUAAUAACAUUAUAAUUUUUAAUCAUUAAUCGAUAUAAUUUUUAACUUAAUUCUCAUUAAUUAUACAUAUCCUAAUGUGUCCAAAUAAAUUUCAGCGCUUAUAUGUUAUUUAAGCACAUACGAUAUAUACACAAUGUCUAUUCUAGUACAUGUAUAUAGUAAACAGAAAUUCUCUAGAAUUGGAUUAUGGCAUGUAUAUAUUCGUAUGUGUACGAAAUCUCUUUGAAUAAAUCGAUGAACGAUAGCGUGAAUUUUGAACUUUCAAUAAACCAGAAAGAAAGAGAGACGCAAAGUUUUUAUGUCAAAGUAAUAAAUAUUGUUAAACUUUUCUGUCGCAUUUCAAGUUAUAUUAUCGUCAUCAUAGCAAAAUUUACAAAUGCUCAAAGUAUGAACUCUACAUUGACACGAGCAUUUCAAGAUAGCUUACAAAUAUGUGCUUUUGUGCUUGUGGGAUUUUUUCAUUGACGUCAAAUGCUUUGCUACGUUAAUAAAUUGUGUAAUACAUCAACACAAAAAUACGUGAAAAUGUCUUUUUAAGUGUUGAUUUGCAAGAGAUUUUCAACUUGAGAGAGGAUAUUCUCGAUUUGAAACAUCGUUUUGUAGGUGAUUUUUAGACAUUUUUUUUUUUAUAAACUAUGAGACAUACAAUUCUGAAGUUUUAUAUCAAUAUUUAUUAUCUAUAUUUUAAUAACAAUAAUUUCUGCACAUUAAUAUCUUCAAUAUUAAUAAAGUUACAAAUAAUUUUGUAAGCAUUGAACGCAAAAGAUGGAUCGCUACGAUUUCGGACGUUGUAAGCUUGUCAGAUCAAAACGGUGAACAAAUUAUUAAGCUAUAAACUUGUGGAAAACUUCUGCCCUAUCACGAUAGAGAGUAAAAAUUGAUUUUUGACAAAAUAACACGAAAAAAAAUCGAUUUUUGGUCGGUUUUUUUUUUAUUUUGAGAGUCUAAAAAAUCGAAAUGUUAAAACUUUUCUUCGUGGUGAAAAUGAUAGCCACAAGUUUAUACUUCAUAAUUCUUUUGUCGUUUUAGUUUCAAAAGCUUACGUCUGGCAUCGUGGAACUUUUCGCGUUCAGCGCGAAAUUAACUUGAUUAUUAUCAAAGAUGUUAACGUACAAAAGUAUAUAGUUUUAAAGCAUAAUUAAAUAUGAAACAAAAAACUUCGAAAUUACAUGUCUUGCAAUUUUUUUUCAAAGAAAUGCUUAAAAGUCAUCAAACGAAACGGUCUAGAUGAGAAUAUCUCCAGAUAGAAAUGCGUGAUAAUCACGUUUCAUCAUGUGAUGUCAUACUGUAACUCCAACUUAAUAUCUUUUAAAGAUCAUUACGUGAUUAAUGUCAUAUGAGCACAAGAUGUAUACAAAUAAUGUGUGCAUAUUCUUGACUUGAUUAUGAUUAAUGUUAUUGGAUGAGAUAUUUUUGUAACAUCAUGACAUGAAUCUGAGCAGCAUAUAGGCCUGUAUCUAUUCUUGUCCUCACGUUAUGAUUAUUGUGAAUACAAAAUGAGGUAAAAUUGAAUACAUUUUGCUAUGUGGGUCCUUUUGAAAAAUAUUGAAGUUUGUAGGUACCAAGUAAUUUGUUUAUAAUUUGAUAUUAAGUAUCAAUGUGAGUAGUUUUUGCUAUGAAUGUUCUUUCUUUUUUUUUUACUUUUUUUAUCAUGUGUGAUAACUGUGUAUUAUUUGACAAAUGAAAUGAAAUAUACAUUUGAUGUAUAAAAAGGUUCGCUUCUUUUCCUAUAUAAGAAACUUAUCCGAGGAAUCCGUAACAACCUCUUCAAUCUCAUUUGGAUAUUAUGUAAUAAAAAAGAAUAAAGUACUCAAUUCAAAUAUUUAUUCAAUAUUCAUUCGUUUAACUUAAAAUAUUUACAGGUCAGAAUUUAAGACUACUCGCUAUGAUUCUUCUUGUUUAAUGUCGUCAGAAGCGAGAAAACAAGCUAAAAU